AUGAAGACCAGGUCCAAGAGAGCGGCCAAGGCUGCUGUGCCGCUGCCAACUUCACCUCCACAACCCACAGUCAGAAGAAACCCACCCAGAGCAACUGCUCGGCGAACCAAAGAGGCCGUCACCAGAGCCCGAAAUCCUGAUUUUGGCUCUGAUUUUGGCUCUGAUUCUGAUUCUGAUGCUGAUUCUGAUUCCGGUUCUGAAUCCAGCUCUGGACCCAACUCUCUUCUGAGCUCUCCCACAAACUCUCCUUCACGCAUUCUUCUACCCGCUUCCUCAUCGUCGUCAUCUGACCAUUACAUUGUUCCUUCAUCCGCGUCAGGCUCAGCAACCGCAACGACCGUUGCUCCUCAGCUUACGCCUUCACUGCCGAGUCUCAACUCUUCUUCUGCACCCCCAGGUCUGCAGGUUCCAAAAGGCUUGACGACUAUCCCACGCAAAGGCUCCAUCAUCUGGGACCCAAAGCCACGGCGAGGAGCUCCUCGAAAUAUCGGUCCCAGCAGCUUGUUUUCUACCCCUAAGAGGGACUUAACUGACGAGGAGGACUACGAGAAGACUCCCAGCUCACCACCUAAAUCAGCCGCUGAGCUGCAGGCAGAAAAAAUGGCCGAGCGCGAGAUUGAGCAGACAGAGAUCGAGAUGUGGCUAGAGGCCACUACUGCCUUGGCCAGGGACGCAAAAAAUGUCAUCAGCCUGCUGCAGGAGACAAGCACGCGACUUGCAUACAAGCCGGUGCUCCAGAUGAAAAUCAAAGCGUUUGAGAUGUCACGAAGCAUUUUCACGGGCCCUCAGCCCCCUUCCUUUCGUGCUGGCUCUCCCCCGGAAAACCGAAUCCCCUUUCUCAACUGGGACUGGGUGAACAAGAUAGAAGACCAAGAAACGUUAGAGGUUGCCAAGAAAGCGGUCCCGCUCGCCGUCAAGAUGGCCAACAUUGCCACUGCUCUCCUCCAUAUCAGAGCCAUUCAAAAAGAAGCCUACGACCCCGUUCCUUUUCUCGAGGCCACAGACAGCCGCUUUCCGCAAUCUUUUGCUGCUGACGAGAGCAAGCACUUUCUUACUCUGUCUUUGGAGAUUCGCACUCAGCGUGCCAUUGAAAGCAUUGCCAUAUCGCCCCAAGCGACGGACCUUCGCGGGAUGCUGGGCUACGCCUUUUGCGAAUUGAAUGCCCCAAAUGCGCCGAGUAACUACAAUGCUCUCUUUGCUUACGGCCCAUAUAAACCCAUGGCUGGCCUUGCUGAGGAGCAGCUGCUGGACGUGUGCUCGGAAAGGGUCAAGGAUAUAUGGCAACUAAUGUCCGAAGGCGGCAAGAGAGGGAUUAGAACUCCCGUUGACCUGCCUAGCGUCCGGGCCAAGUAUCCUCUUCCUCAUACGCUCGAGCUUCUCAAGAAAUGGCUUUUCAACAGAUAUUCAUCAGUCUCACAGUUAAUGGAAAAGACGGAACAAGAGCAUCUUGCCCAAGAGAGGCAAAUGUUCUUAGAGCAGUGGCGUACUGAGGAGGAGUCCCGCAUUCGUGAAGAGCAUCAAGCUCGCGAUGAAGAACGACGUCUCAGAGAAGAGGAACGGCGGGUCAGGCAGGAAGCGAACCUUCGGGCUAGACAGGAAGCCUUAGCUAAGGAGCGGCAGGCCUGGGAGAGGGAGAAACUCCUCAUGUCACGGCAGUCUGACGAAAGAAGGCCUCGAGAAAGAAGAACCGGUGAGGGAGUUGGAGGCAGACAGUCGCCGCCGCCGCCGCCCGAUGAAGAUGGUCUGUUCCUCCCUGACUCUCCUAAUGCUUCUCCCAGAAGCCUGGCUAGUUCCCAAGGAGAGUCACAGCGGUCGCAGGUUCAACGAGGUGAAGAUGACCUGUCCAGAGGGGACUCCUUAUUUCAUCCUGAUGAGGCGGUCGGCCUACUCCUUAAUGUAUCUCUUGGGGGAUCAUCCUCGGGCCAUGCACGGCGAAAGCUGCCUGCUUCGAAACCGUCACGCGCGCAGCCUCUUCGAGGCAGCCGCCGUCAGAACACCGAUGGCGACUACGGAGAAGAAGAAGGUGAAGAGGAUCAAACUAGAGACGAGUUUGAUUAUGAUGAUGAUGAUUUUGAGACGGACCGGCGGGCCCCCAAAAGAAGCAAAAUCACCCACACCCAAUCUUCUUCUAAGCCCGGACCAUCUCAGCGUCGAAGGGAGUUCAAAGAAGCUGUCGCUACUGCCGUCGCUCUUGGAGCUGCUGAACCUCCACCACCUGUGCUUGACUUUGCCGAGAUCGAGCGGCUAAAGGUCCAGGCCCGCGUCAACGCAAAGCUAAACAACCCUCGUCUCCUUAAACGGCGCCAAAACUGGAGCGAGCGUGAUUCCAACACCUUGAUUGGACUCGUUGCCAGCCGCGCUGCGGGUUGGGCCGACAUGGAAAGGGAAGACAGCCAGAAAUUCGAGCUGCCGCGCAACGCCCAGGCCUACCGCGACAGGGCUCGCAAUAUGAAGGUUGAUUUUCUCAUCUCGGAUGCGGUGCUCCCACGAGGGUUCGAUUUAGUCACUUUUAGUAAGAAGGAAAUCGACCGCGUGCAGAAGCUGGGCAAGAAUCCUGCCAGAAUGGAAGCCGAUGUCGAUAGGAACGGCAGACCGAUCAACACGCAAUAUGUGCCCCCAGUGGCAGAGGACGAAGAGGACGAAGAAGACGAGGAGAACGAAGAGAAUGAAGAGGAUUAG